AUGAGGCAGGCGAGCAGGUUCAAGAGGAUGUGCGUCUUCUGCGGCAGCAGCCAGGGCAACAAGAGCAGCUACCACGCCGCCGCCAUCGACCUCGCCAACCAGCUCGUACGCGGGGCCAUCGACCUGGUGUACGGCGGCGGCAGCAUCGGGCUGAUGGGGCUCGUCUCUCAGGCCGUCUACCACGGCGGCAGGCACGUCAUCGGGGUCAUUCCCAAGACUCUGAUGACCCCCGAGAUCGUCGGGGAGAUGGUGGGGGAGGUGAGGCCGGUGGGCGACAUGCACCAGCGCAAGGCCCAGAUGGCCAGCCUCUCCGACGCCUUCAUAGCCCUGCCCGGUGGGUACGGGACGCUGGAGGAGCUGCUGGAGGUGAUCACCUGGGCGCAGCUAGGGAUCCAUCACAAGCCGGUCGGCCUGCUGAACGUGGAGGGGUACUACGACUCGCUGCUCACCUUCAUCGACCAGGCCGUAGAGGAGGGCUUCAUCAACCCCGCAGCCCGCCGCAUCAUCGUCUCCGCCCCCACCGCCCACCAGCUCAUGGACAAACUGGAGGUGGGCGAGUACAUUCCUUACUACGAAAUGGUCGCGGCCGGGCUGGACUGGGAGGCGGAUCGCCUAGACUUCUGA